GUCAACUAACCGUUUAUAAAUCCGGUUGGUUGAGAACUAGAAACUCGUGAGACCAUUGGUUUAAACUCCACCAAAAGGUCUCUCUCAUUGGUUAACAAAGUCACCCUCCCAUUGGUUGUUGUCUGUCCUCUAUAGCCAAUCAGCAGCCGAGACAUUAUAGGAAACUACUUUGGUGGAAAAUAAUGCCAUUUCAAUUUUUUUUUUACAAAAUGGGAUCCAUAACAUGUCUCAUCAUGUUCUAACAAUUCUGUGCAACUUGAAGGACAUCACUAUAGCUCUUGAUCAUGUCUCUCAGUUCCAUUAAAUGACACAUAAGAGUCAUUGAACAAAGACUUCUUUAGUCGGGGGGAGUUUUGUUAAGAUCCCAGAGGUUCGGUCUAAACAUUAACAUGCAUCGCUUGCGGUAUGGUUGUGGAAGCAUAAGGACCUUAGGUUAAAUUGAUAUACACCUUGAUAGGUUUACGGCACUGUGAAGCCACAUGCUUCACAGCCGAAAAAGUUCGGUUCGUGCAUAUAUUAUGAGGACGUUUUUGAAUUUUGUGAUAUUUUGAUGGGCUGUUCGGGCAAACCACAUUUUUCUGGAGGCAAGCUGAAGUUCGGAUCCUGGAGAUUGGUCAACAGUAGGGAUUCUUCAAUAGAGCUACGCAGUGGAGGUGUCAUAAUACCCAUAAAACCUAGCGGUCAAACAGGGAAAUGGUUCCAAUUGUUUUUUCACCAUUCAUUUUUCUCAUAAGAGAUUUUAGAAACAGGGCUGUGUCUUGUGUAGGUUUACCCUGGCGUGACGUUUUGAUAAUAAUUUAAUUCUCUUUCGGACAAGGGGACUUUUAAUCAAUAUAUUCGGCUCUAUUUACUCUAAGAUUUAAAAAAUGCUCAUUAGCAUCAAAGUAGACAUCUUUAUUUAAACUGACUUGCCUAGUUAAAUAAAGGUUAAAUUUAAAAAAACUAGGCAAGUCAGUUAAGAACAAAUUCUUAUUUACUAUGACGCCUACCCUGGCCAAACCUUAACCAGGACGACGCUGGGCCAAUUGUGCGCCGCCCUAUGGGACUCCCAAUCACGGCUGGUUGUGAUACAGCCUGGAAUCAAACCAGGGUCUGUAGUAACUCCUCUAGCACUGAUAUGCUGCGCCACAUCAUGCAAGACUACAAAACCCUGCACAGCAUCUCUAGUUAACACCUUUGCUAACAGGUACUGUGUCAAAUUAAAACUUACCCAAGACAGUUCACAGAAUUGUCAAUUAUUUAUUACUACAUUUAGAUAACAUUAUAUAGUUAAUCCAGAGAUGACCUUUCCCUCGAUUUGGAAGUCGCAUCCAGAUCCAGAGAGAAUGCAAGCACAUUUGUUCGGCUAGCCGAGUUCUGCUAGGCACCAGCUGAACCUUUGGUGUUCCCACAUGACCAUAUCUCCAUGUUACAGCGCUUGUUUACGGAGAACAGGCGGCAGAGAAGAGGCGACCACCUGUGCUAAUUUGCUAUUUAGCAUGCUCCGAACACCUGUGUGUAAGCGUGACUUGGGAAGUGUAGUUUCGUUGGAUGGAGGCACUCAUACCAUAGUUGUAUGGAUCUGUUAAAAACUGAUACAGUAAGUGUAUAUUUUUAUUUAUUUAAAGAAGGAUUCCUUCUCACUGAUGAAAGAUAAGGGCAUGUUUGGCUCCAGGCAUAAGCAGUCACUUGUGUAGAAUUGCAGGGAAUUAGCUGUAAAACUGCAAAAAUGUGUCUCCACCCAAAGGCAAAAUGGAUUAGAAUUGUGGGAAAUUAGCUGUUAAACAGAUUUUUUUUAAUUAAUCUCUACCCCAUGGCAACAUAAGUAGAAUUGCAUUGAUUUUUUUUAUAAAAUUGCUAAAAUGUUACUUCGCCCAAUGGAAAAAUAUGUAGAAUUGCAGGAAUCACAUCUUGCUUAGGUCCCCAAAAAGGCUAGAUCCGGCCCUGGAUAAGGGCCAUACGUUUCAAAGGCGGUAUCACAAGCGAUGAUUAUUGACGUUUCUAGACGCUGAAACACAGCGUCGGGAUUGUAGUUCACAUGAGGCAGACCUGGGCGAAGCUAAUGGCUGAGAACUGUAGGUAGAAGGCAGAAUGCCCCCUAGAGUUUUCGACAGAUAGCUAUAACUCUUAUCACCAUAUUGCUCGUGAAUGAUCAGGAAAAUAUUAAAUAUCACACAAUUGUACAUAUUUCCAUAUUACAAAAAAGAUUGCAGUUUUGAAACUGCAGGAAAAGUGUAGUAACUGCAGUCGACUGUGGUAUCUUGGAAGUAGUAAUUGCAAAAUUCUGUUUUGAAAGUUAAAUAAAAAGUUGAGCAUGUUUUGUAACUAAUAGUUCAUGAAUGACCACACACGUGGGAAACCGUGUAAUAUUGUUAUUUAUUAUUUGGUUUGCACAUAACACAUUUCAUGUGUGACUCAAACGUCAAGUACAACUUUAUGUAUGCGCUAUCUAAUAAAGAUAAUUGUUUUAUGUUAAAAUUAUAUUUCUGUCUUUCACUGACUGCAGUUUAAAGGCAAAUGGGACAGACAAUGUUGAACUACAUGCCCCACAGUUCUUAGCAAACCGUUCGAACUGACGCUUCCACUUCCUCGUACCAGGCGCAAGCGCGCAAAGGUAAAGAAUGCGGACUUCGUCGCACACUGGAAACAGAACGCUGGUACAAAAGCUUCAAAGAGGAAAACAUGUCGAAAACACACACAAAGCCCCCGUCCUCGUCGGGGGCUACGACCUCCGGUGGACCUUCUUCCUCCUCAUCCUCCUCGCCCGCAGGUGGCACGACGUCUCCCGCCAACGUCCUGCACGUACAGCCUGAGAAACCUCAACACUACACGUAUCUGAAGGAGUUCAGGACAGAACAGUGUCCUCUGUUUGUGCAGCACAAGUGUACCCAGCACCGGCCCUUUGCAUGCUUCCACUGGCACUUUCUGAACCAGCGGCGCCGCAGGCCCAUCCGCAGGCGGGACGGAACCUUCAACUACAGUCCAGACGUCUACUGCACCAAAUACGACGAGGGCACAGGCACCUGCUCUGACGGGGAUGAAUGUCCGUACCUGCAUCGUACGGCGGGCGACACAGAGCGGCGGUACCACCUGAGGUACUAUAAGACGGGCUCCUGUAUCCACGAGACGGAUGGGAAGGGCCACUGCAGUAAGAACGGCUCCCACUGCGCCUUUGCACAUGGAUCACAUGACCUACGAUGUCCCGUCUACGACGUCAGGGAGGUGCAGGUGAUGGAGUCUCAAGGGGGGUCGGGGGCUGCUGAGGGAGGAGGGGGGGAGGGCCAGUCGGGGCUAGCGGCCAGUACCGCCCUCAUUGAGAAGAUCCUGAGUGAGGAACCGCGUUGGCAGGAUAACACCUAUGUGUUGUCCCACUACAAGACAGAUCUGUGUAAAAAGCCUCCUCGUCUGUGUCGCCAAGGUUACGCCUGUCCCUACUACCACAAUAGCAAAGACAGGCGGCGUAGUCCACACAAACACAAAUACAGAGCGCUGCCGUGCCCAGCGGUGAAGCACAGUGAGGAGUGGGGAGAUCCCAGUAAGUGUGAGGUGGCAGAGGGAUGCCAGUACUGCCACACACGCACAGAGCAGCAGUUUCACCCUGAGAUCUAUAAGUCCACGAAGUGUAAUGAUAUGCAGCAGUGUGGCAGCUGCCCCCGGGGCCCCUUCUGUGCCUUUGCACACCUUGACAACAAGCCCCCUAUCAGUGAAGAACCCUCGUUUCAGACCCCCAGCUCCCCACCUCUCCUCCCAGGACCCCAAGACCCUCACCCUGCCCAGGAAGGAUGCUCCAGCCCUGGGGGCCGAGGUGGUAGAUCUGGGUCUCUGUCUGGAGGUCCGUUCUCCCCGUCAGGGGGGGGGUGUGUGGCAGAACAAGGCCUGUUAGGGAGGGUGCUGUCGUUGUGUGAGGACGUGUGUGGGGGUGGCGAACCCCUCUCCCCCUGGGCUGGGGAGGGGGGGUACGGUAGGGCACCGGGGUACGAGAGGGAAGACCAUGCCAAACAGAAGAGUUUUACCAUGGACCAGCGCAACAGAGAAAUGGCGUCUCAUCACAGCAAACAGGACCUGCUGGUGUUCCUCCCAGUGGGUAGUCCUCUGAGUCUGUCAUCGAGUGUUCCUUCCAGCCUGGCAGCCACCCCUCCCAGCCCUGCCCCUCCAGGACCCCUGCACCAGGGCCACCACCUCCACCAUGGAGCCCCAGCACCAGGCCUCUUCUCGGGCAUGAAUGCCAACGCACUGCCCUUCUACCCCACCAGCGACACCGUAGAGUCUGUAGUGGAGUCAGCUCUGGAUGACCUGGACCUGAACGACUUUGGCAUGUCUGCCCUGCAGAGAAGUCUGGACAGCAGCUCAGCUCUUCCCAGAGCCAUGCUGGGAGGAAAUCAGCUCCAGAGCUCUGCUCCUGUCAACAUUCCAGGAACCCUCUGCAGCUCUGCCCCUUUCAGCUCCCCCUCGCCCUCUCCACCAAUCAGAACCCACCAAUCGCCAUUCUUCUCCUCCCAUCUAUCGCAGCCCAGCAAAUCAGAAAGCAGCUUCUUGGGGCCAUCGCAUAGCUCUUUAGGUCUGAAUGGUAUGAGCAGUAGUAUCUGGGAGCACCCAUCAGGCCAGGGUUCUCCCGGUACGCCCCCGGCCCUGCUACCCACCAUGGGCCAGAGCAUGGAGACAGCCCGGGUCCGACAGGAACUAGACGAGGCUAACAGACUACUGAAACACUGGGACCACACCUGGAGACAUACAGCACAGUCGUGGGCGGUGUUGAAGUCGGAUUCAGAGGAGUCUCGUGGCUCGGCCGGUCGGUCAGCUCUAGAAGCGGAGCGGGCGAGGCAGGCUGAGGAGACGGCAAAGAGACAGACCUCCCUCCUCCAGGAGGCGCUGGAGAGCAUGAGGACAGGAGAGAACCCUCACUUGGGCCUCCACCAGCUCCAGCUGCUCCACAGACUGCCUCUAGAGUCUGUCCUCAGUUUGCAGGCCCAGCUCUGUACAUGUCUACACACUGUGGAACAGGUGGUGUAUAGAAAGCAGUGUCAAUGUUGUGUGACGUGUGGAGAGCAGGGAUCGGUCUCUCUGCCCUGUGGACAUGGUCUACUGUGUGACAGCUGCACCAGCUCUACAGAGUGCCCCCUUUGCCCAGAACAGAACCUAGAUCAGUUAUCCUGACCUAACUCAACUAUCUAUAGCCCAGAUAUAGAUAUGGUAUCCUCACUCAAAGACCAGCCCAAAGACCAGCCUCCGGUCCAUAUUGUCACUGAUUCAAGAUCAGAUUUGUUUUUUUUUUACAUGCACUACCUGUCCAUAAGAAAUGAUUCAGGAUCAGCUCUCUAAUCACAGACCUGGCUUUAACCAUUACAAGCUGAACCACAAAUCUGACUCAGUUGUUAAAGGCAUGCAUGAUCCAGACAGCCAUCUCAUGAUGCAGCCUAAGUGGGCCACCAUUUGAAGGAGUACAAGUUUUUAGUUUUUACCGUUAGUUAUUAUUGUUUUGCUAAUGAGACUUAUAGUCCGAGGAAGAAUAGGGCUGCAUCUCAAUAGUAUAAAAAGGCUUCCUCUCCUUGUCUCCUUCACACUGAUCUGAAACUACAGGAAGGACAUAUGGUGGAAGCCUACAAAGAAAUUGCAGAUGAAGGAAGGAAAGCCAUGUUAAACUAUUUGGACGCAGCAGUCUGUGUUGCUUACAGAUAGUUUCUGUGCGUGACUGACUCAGGUUUGCAGUCUGUAAUAUUAUUAUUCUUCGUUAACCGGAAAGAUGGGAGCAUGUUAAAACAAUCAAGAAAAAUGUACUAUUCUAGUGUGUAGUCUGAAAUGAUGCCGAUUUUCAUUUAAUAACAAGGCGCUUCACGUUAACUCAAAUGCCAGCCUUUUUUUAAUCAAAAUCUAUGUAUAAUGUUUCUGGGGCAUAAUUUACAUUUGUAAGCAUUUUGAUAUUUCACAGUAUGUCAAACUCGUGUCAAAUAUACAUAGUUCUUGUAUGUCGUACUUGCUACAUGCACUGACUACACCAGGUGUCAGGCUUUGGAAACAGCAGGGGUGUGUUGAUAACCAGUGAAAAGACACGAUCACUACUAUACAUAGACCUGGCACAAAGUUCACACCUUGUCCUACUGCAUCCACCAACAGUGUUUCAUUUUGUGUGUUUUGGUAUAGAAAAAUAAAACAAAUUUAUAUUUUUGGA